CUGUUUCAACACUCCCAAGUCCCUCCUCCCCUUGGCUCUGGCUGCAAGGAAAUGACCUAAGAGGAAACCCGCAGGUUUGCAAUGGAAAGAAUCCGUCUGGUGGCAAUCACUGACCCCAAAGAAGCUGAAAAGUAAGAGCAGAAGCUGGGAUUUUCCGCCUGAUCCUGCCAGCUGGGGUCUCGCAGGGCGCUUUCCUGGUGGAGGGGCGAGUGCAUGAAGGAUGCCCAUCUUGCAUUUGCAUUCCAUGCUUGAGCUCCUGCCUUUCCUGCUUCUGCUGCUGCUGUUCUUGGCGCUAGGUUUUCUCCUGAUCUAUCUGCAAAAACCCGAACCUGAAAACAAGAAGAAUUAGGGGUAGGGGCGGUUCUUCUCUAUGCAAAUAAAGCACCAAAGAUGCGAGCGCUGGAGUCCUGAAAAAAAAAAACUCUCCGGGAGAGUGAAGAGAAAAGCCGGAGCAGGGUUUGCCACUAACAGCCACUUCCCUAACUGCACUGUCGCAGCAGGCCAGACAUGGGAGACACGGGCAAAGAAGAGUAUAAAAUACAGUCGUUCGACACCGAGACGCAGCAGUUACUGAAAACUGCUCUCAAAGACCCCAGCAGUGUGGAUCUGGAGAAAGUGGCUAAUAUCAUCGUGGACCAGUCCCUCAAAGACUGUGUGUUCAGCAAGGAGGCUGGGCGUAUUUGCUACACCAUCAUCCAGCAGGAGUAUAAGGACCGGGAGGAGCUGCGAGCCCGCUCGCCCCAGGCAUGGAUCUGUUACGUCACCUUCAUCUGUAAUAUCUUUGACUACCUGAGGGUGAACAACAUGCCCAUGAUGGCGCUGGUGAACCCAGUUUAUGAAUGCCUGUUCCGACUGGCACAACCUGAUAGCCUGAAGAAGGAGGAGGAGGUGGACUGCCUGGUGCUGCAGUUGCACCGCAUUGGUGAACAGCUGGAGAAGAUGAACUCCCAGCCAAUGGAUGAGCUCUUCUCCCUUCUACGAGAUGGUUUUCUCCUGGAGGAUGGGCUCAGCUCACUCUCUCAGCUCCUGUUGCUGGAGAUCAUAGAGUUCCGGGCUGCAGACUGGAAGAUGACAGAUGCAGCUCAAAAAUACUAUUACAGUGAAGUCACAGAUUAAACCUUCCACAGCCAGAACUAACUCACUCAGUGGCUCAAAGUUUCACCCUGGCACUUUCACGAGCAAAUGUCACACAAAUGUUUCAGAUAUUUUUAAGUUAACAUUUUUCUAAUGCUUUUUCUAAAUAGGAUUUAUAUUGUUUACUCCCAAUAGACCCUUUGUACUGUGUCUUUGAUGGACUGCAACAGGGGACAGUUUGAUUUGGGGACAAGGGCAGUUUUAACCUAGCCAGAGCUUCCAUUCUCUUUAUCUAUGGCUCAGGUUAAUUAAUGCCUCUCAAACUGUUGAUUAACUGUAUCCACAGCUUCCAGCUCACACCAGCAUUUUACAGUAGCAGUCAGGAAAGCACAGCCAAUGGUUUAUACUGAGAUCAGCUAUUAUGUGCCAACUCAGUCACCCACCAACAGAGUUGAGACAAGUGGAAGGAAAAGCUUUCGCAGCUUAUUUGGAAAACUGCCCCCUUUGCUGCUUACUGCCACAUGGAAUCCAUGCCCAUAAUACACAAACCAGGCUUUAAAAACAGUCCUCCAGGAUGAGUCUCAUCUUGCUCCCUGUGAAAUCAAUGGGAGCACGAUUGAGCCCUUUACAUGGGCAAUCAGUUGUUAUUUCUCCCAACCCUGCCCUCUGGCAGGCUGGGUGCCUCUGGACAGCAGAAGUAACACCUGCUUCUGGAGGAAGGAGAAGCCAGCCAGUGUACAUCAUAGCAGCAAUUUCCUUGAGCACAUGUAGCUAGAAACUGUUUUUAUGAGUUUUAUAUAAUAACCACUAUGGAAUUUUUUCCAAAAAACAAUUUAAUAAACUUCAAUAUUGUACAUUUGUUGACAAAAGGGACAGACAAAGGGGAAAUAAAUGUUCUAUUGAGGUUUUUUCUAAUAAAAGUUUUCCACUAAUGAA